ACAGCUGUUGCAAAAGAUGACUCACUUACAAGCUGGCCUCUCUCCAGAGACCCUGGAGAAGGCCAAGGUGGAGCUGAAGGAGAACCCCGAGACUUUGCACCAGGACAUCCAGGAGGUGCGGGACAUGAUCAUCACCCGGCCGGACAUCGGCUUCCUCAGGACAGACGACGCGUUCAUCCUCAGAUUCCUCCGGGCGAGGAAGUUCAACCACUUCGAGGCGUUCCGCCUGCUGGCCCAGUACUUUGAGUACAGGCAGCAGAACCUGGACAUGUUCAAGAACCUGAAGGCCACCGACCCGGGCAUCAAGCAGGCCCUGAAGGAUGGGUUCCCCGGCGUGCUCUCCAACCUGGACAGAUAUGGCAGGAAAAUACUGGUUCUGUUUGCAGCCAACUGGGACCAGAGCAGAUACACAUUUGUGGACAUACUGAGGGCCAUCCUGCUCUCGUUGGAGUCUAUGAUAGAAGACCCCGAGCUGCAGGUCAAUGGCUUCAUCCUCAUCAUCGACUGGAGUAACUUCACCUUCAAGCAGGCGUCCAAGCUGACUCCCAGCAUGCUGCGGCUGGCCAUUGAGGGCCUACAGGACAGUUUUCCUGCCAGGUUUGGAGGAAUCCACUUUGUGAACCAGCCCUGGUACAUCCACGCUCUCUACACAGUCAUCCGACCCUUCCUCAAGGACAAAACUAGGAAGAGGAUCUUCAUGCACGGCAACAACCUGAACAGCCUCCACCAGCUCAUCCACCCUGAGAUCUUGCCAUCAGAGCUCGGAGGGAUGAUGCCGCCAUACGACAUGGGGACGUGGGCUCGGACGCUGUUGGACCACGCCUACGACGAGGAGACCGACUACUGUCCGGAGUCCUACACCCUGUCAGUGCAAGAUCUGGAGAGAGACCUGGAGAAAAACCUCUCCCCCAAGACCAUGAAGAGGUCUCAGUCUGUGGUGGAGCCAGGCGUCCUGAAGCGACCGGACAAAGUCAAGAGUGAAGAGGACAACAUGCAGCCGCUGCUCUCGCUGGACUAAACCUUCGCGCUCACAGCUACGAAGCAAAUCAAACAUUUUGACACACAUCACCACACCCGACUUAGGCGGACUGGAGGCGACGACGAAACUGCUGACAUCGGUUUCUCUUGAACUCAUAUGGAGAGGAGGAAGGACGCUAGCGCAGACCGAAGGGCGUCCAACGAGCUACUGAUCUAUAUAUUUAUUUAUUUAGGUAUUUGUCAAGUGCCAAUUCCAGAAGCUGUAAAUUAACGUCUUUAAACAAUCCAGUGCAGAGCCGGGAGGAGAAAGAACCGUGAAGGUGCCACAUCUGAGUGAAACCAGUACUUCCUGGAGUUGUAUAAUACACAGAUGAUGAGGGAUUAUUGAAAAGAUCUGGACAUCGUAUUUCA